AUGGUAGCUUACGGGGGAGAAAACACUUGGAUUAGACCUGGAGAGCUUUUGGACGAGUACAGAGUUGGACAAUAUGAAACAAGAUUGAGUGCGAAAAAUGUCGAAAACUCAUUUCGCCAACUCUUUGGUUUCCCAAAAAUCCUCGGCUCUUUCAAAAAAGAAGCACUUCUAGAGCUCAAAAGACGAGAAAAUGUUCUGUCAACCUUGGCAAAUCAGACGACCCUGGCGAGGGAAACGAGAUUACUGCCCAAACGCGAACGAUCGAGAAAUGGACGCCGAUCGAGUAUUUGGAGGGAUACUUCGCUGGCUAUGGGACGAUUUCUCGGAAGUCGACGGGGUUCCUGGGCGCCCUCUAGAAGCAGAUCUCGAUCAAAGGAUGAGCUCUUUUACAUUUCCGAAAAUGAAAACGACAACGAAAAGACAAAACGACUCAAGCGAGAAAUGCGAGGAGCCCAAGAUGAUCUCAAUCGACUACCAGUCCUUGAAGAAGUGACUGAAGAAGCAGAAAAUGAUGAUGAAGUCGACAAGGAGCUAGUUGAUCAGGCGAAGAAAAUGAUUGAAGUUUUGAAUGAAAAGAAGAAUUUGAGAGCUGCGAUCAGCAAAAAGGAAAUCAAGGAGCUUGAGGAAGUACUCGAGCGAAUUGAGAAGAAGGGAUGGGUAAGAAGACUUCAAGAAGAUUACAAUGAGGGUCAAAAGCUUCUCGCGCGACUGAGGACUUAUGAAAAAAUGAGACAUGAAAUCAUGGCGCUUACUCAGCCGACCAUUUCCGAAAUCCGCUCAUACCAAUACCCACCGAAGCAAGUCGAAAGUGUCAUGCGAGCAACUUACAUUCUUCUCGGAGAAAAACCGGCUGAUAUUUCUGACUGGAGAGCGUUGCAGGCCCUGAUCGGUAAAUUGGGCGCGAAAUCUUUGAAAAAUCGCGCGACAAAGUUCGAUUUUGAUAGUUUGCCGAAAGAACGCGCGCAAAAAGCUCAUAAACUGAUAAAAAGCAUGAACGUCGACGAAGUUCGGGAUGUUUCAAAUGGAGCUGCGACUUUCUUUGUUUGGAGCCAAGCUGCGAUCGAACCGCAUCUCGACUGA